GAUAUUGACGUGUAUUUGGCACCACUGGUGGAUGAUUUAAAACAAUUAUGGGAAGGAAUUGAAUGCUAUGAUGUAAGAAAAGAUGAAACUUUUACUUUGCGAGGAGUUUUAUUGUGGACAAUCAAUGAUUUUCCAGCAUAUGGUAAUCUGUCUGGGCAUUGUGUCAAGGGAUAUAAAGCAUGUCCUAUUUGCUCAGAACAGACAUAUGGUGUUAGAUUAACACACUGUAAAAAAGUUGUGUACAUGGGCCAUAGACGAUUUCUACAACCUACUCAUCCAUUUCGUAGGUACUCAAAGGAAUUUGAUGGUACAAUUGAAGAUAGAAUUGCUCCCACUCCCAUGACUGGUAUAGAAGUUUUUGACAAAGUUAGUCAGUUGGUGAAUCGAUUUGGGAAGAUUCCCCCAAAUACAAAAGAUAAAGAAAAAGUGAAACAAAAAGGAAAAGGAAAUAAAGGGAAAGGCAAAGGCAAAGGCAAAAAGAAGAAAGUUGUAAAAGUCAAAAGAGUUUCAAAAGCUAAGAACAAGAUUGAAGAUGCUUGUUGGAAGAAGAGAUCUAUUUUUUUUGAGUUGGAGUACUGGAAACAUCUCUUAUUGCGACACAAUCUUGAUGUCAUGCACAUUGAGAAAAAUAUUUGUGAAAGUAUAAUUGGAACCUUACUUAAUAUUCCAGGAAAGACAAAAGAUAGUUUUUCAUCACGACUAGAUCUGUUAGAAAUGGGAAUUAGAACAGAUUUAGCUCCUCGUGUUAAAGUGGGAGAAAAGAGAAAGUUAUUACCAGCAGCUUGUUACAACCUUACAAAGGAAGAAAAACAUCAAGUUUGUGAGUCGUUGGCCAAUGUGAAAGUCCCAUAUGGUUAUUCAUCAAAUAUUCGCAACUUGGUUUCAAUUAAAGAUUUAAGACUUAUUGGGCUUAAAUCGCAUGAUUGUCAUGCUUUAAUGCAACAAUUGCUCCCUAUUGCUAUUCGAGGAAUUUCUCAAACUCAUGUUAAAUCUGCAAUCAUCAGGCUUUGUAUGUUUUUUAAUGCAAUUUGUUCAAAAACUAUUGAUGUAUCGUCUCUAAAGCCAUUGCAGAAAGAAAUUGAGUUAACACUGUGUUUGCUUGAACAAUUUUUUCCUCCAUCAUUUUUUGAUGUAAUGGUUCACUUAACUGUUCAUUUAGUUAGGGAAGUUGAGUUAGGUGGGCCUGUGUAUAUGAGGUGGAUGUAUGGAUUUGAAAGAUACAUGAAGAUAUUAAAGGGAUAUGUUAGAAAUCGAAGUAAACCUGAAGGUUGUAUUGUUGAAUGCUACAUUGCAGAAGAAGCUAUAGAGUUUUGCUCUGAAUAUGUUGGUAAUGUUGAGCCAAUUGGUAUCCCAAAAUCACUAUUUGAUAUAAACAAUGUAUCUAGUGAAGGAGUUGGUGCUGGAAUUGCUACAUUUACAACCAACGAAGAAAUAAGUUUGGCUCACAUAAAAACAACAACUCCAAUUUCAGCAACAAGAAAAACAAGAACUCUUACGACAAUUAAAGAUCAUGAAUGAGCGUUUUAGCACCAUAGAGAGCCAGAUGAAGAUGAUGAUGAGCCACCAAUCACAAUCUCAACCAAAUAAUGCAACUCAGCCUGAGGUUCAAUCUGGAAAUGGAGUUGAGGGUCAAUCUAGAAAUGGAGUUGAGGGUCAAUCUGGAAAUAGAGUUGAGGCUCAAUCAGGAAAUGGAGUUGAGGCUCAAUCUGGAACUAGAGUUGAGGCUCAACUUGGAAAUGGAGUUGAGGCUCAAUCUGGAACUAGAGUUGAGGCUCAACUUGGAAAUGGACUUGAGAUUCAUCAAUCUACUAAUUCAAAGGAUGAACCUUGUAGAUUGAUAAUAGAGUCGUCAUUGGAAACAGUUGCAAAAGGUUAUAUAGUCCAUACUGGAGAUGAUAAAAUUCAUUGCGAUGACAUUAGGGAUAAUCUUCGAGUUCGCAUAACUGAAGUUAUUGUGGGAGAUGCAGAUUUACCAAAAGCGAUCUCAGAUGAGGUUGUAAAAGUAAAAGAUGCGAUUAAUACAUUUGUACCAUGGCCUUCACACUUAGUACUAAGAGGAUUUGAGGCCUUAAUAGAACCAAGACCAAAGAAGUUGAAAGUUACAAGAAAGAAUAAUCCAAGUCAACACAUACAACCUACAACUCAGCCACAACAAAAAGAGUCACGUCCAUUCUCAUCAUCUAGUGUCAAAACAUCAAGUUUGACAACGAAAAAAAGUACAAUUCAGGAUCACAUACCACCAAGUUUGGUUUUGUACACAAAAAACUUUUUGAAGAGUAAGGGAUCUUUUAUGUGCACGAUUACAGCUCCUCAAAAUAUAUUUGGAUCAAUUGAACAUAACAUAUAUAUUGACAAGGAUGAUGUUUCACAAGUUUUACAUCUUGAAGAAAUCGGUCACAUUUGUCAUCUCAUUGUAUAUGAGAGGUCUAUAUGA